UUUAUUUGUCACCAACUUCAUCAUAAACCAUUGGACAAGUCACAACGCUACUCUUUCCCUCUCUCAGUUAGAGAAAACACAACAGCUUAGAGAUUCUUGCCUGGGCAAACGAAUCAAUCAUUCACCCAAAUUAGACCCCAGCCGUUGGAUUCCCGCGUAGACCCUCUUCCUUCCUUCUUCGCUGUUUCUCUGUUUCUCACCAAGUAACCAUCUUUCCCCCAAUUCAAUCUUCUGCUGCAACUACCCAUUUUGACUGAUUGAACCGCUUAUUUCAAUUUCAGCUAAAAACUCCCAAAGACCAAUACUUUGUGGAACCCCAUUUGAAAUCUGGGUCUGAAUUUGAUCGGGGAGACGACCCAGAUCGGAAAAUCAAGCUCAAUCGCAAACCCUAAGCCUGUUUGACCGAGUCAGGCCCCGAAGACGACGCAAUCGAGCAAUUGGGGUCAACCCAAGUCGACCCAAUUGGUCGAUUUUUGAAGCUCAGAUACCAAUACCCUGAUCGGAUUCAGAAAACCCUAAAUUCUCUGAAAGAGGGCUAAAGGUAUUCCUUUUUCAUUUCUGAAAUGAAUUCAAGUUUGAUGAGGAGGAGAUCAAGAAUCUUGUUAUAGACCCAGAUGCCAGAGUGGCCUCGCGACCCCUAAUUCUUGCUUGGGUUAAGUUUCAAGUGCUCUGCGGUCUUUGAUUUCAUGGAACUGCCAUUGUUGUCAAGCUUGAUCUUUGUGUUGAUUAUUAGCAUACUUGCUCUUCUGGUUAAUUCUCAAUCUCAAAAUGCCAAUUCAACGCCUCAAUCUCCACCUCCUUCACCGUCUCCCCCACCUCCAUCGCCACCGCCACCAAUGUCACCGCCCCCAUCGGAAAGCCCUCCGCCUCCCCCGAACUCUUCCUCACCUCCGCCGGAGGCUCCGAGUUCGCCCCCUCCACCUGCUCGGCCUCCCAAUCAGUUCAAUUCAAAGAAACCACCAUCACCACCAUCACCUCGCAGAAGGCCCAAGCACCACCGGCCGCUGCCGCCCCCGAAGGGGCAUAAGUACAAUGAAGGGAAGAAGAUUGGGCUCUUGUUUGUUGGCAUUGCCGCCAUUCUUCAGAUUGGUGUAGUGGGGUUCUUGGUUUUCAAGAGACACCAGCUUCUGAAGGUCAAGGAUAGAUAUGACUAUGAGAAUUGUUCUUGAAUGUGAAGUACCGGAUUGAUUGCGCAUUCUUUUGUUUGGAUGAGAGUAAUGGAUCGGAAGUUCUUUGAUCAGCUGGCAGUAGUGGGGCUUUUACUGAUUUGAGAUUCUUUUGUGAGGCGCAGGCAUUGUAACAAUUGAGAUUGACAGAUGUGAAGAUCGAACGGAUUGAGCUUCGGCGGCUCCAUUCAGCCCCCUCCCGGUUGCUCUGUAAAUGGGUUAUUGUUGCUUGUAAACUUUUUCUUCAAGUUUCUUCAUUAUGUUGAUUUUUUUAAUGUUCUUUUAGCUUGUCUACACGGCUUACACUUUGAAGUAGAAGAAACCAUUUUAGGCUUUGUGUCAUGAGUGACUUCUUUUUUCCUUGCUAACUUUGACCAAGUGGAUGUAUAACAACUAACAAGAGUACAAUUCAUGGAAGUAUUACAAUGACAAG